AUGACUAGCAAGGCGGAUAAAAAGUUGAUCGAGAACAUGUUGGUUCGAAAGCGAGUGUGCGUAGUUCGAGACGUGAUAGAGAAGUUUAAAGAGGGAUACAAUGCAGAUAGGGAUGCAAAUCAAAUUCAGGUGAGGCUAGAUACUCUUGAAAGAUGCAACAGAGAAUUUCUUGAGGCACAAGCGGAAAUCGAAAUGCUUGACAAAGCCGAUGCGUUUGAACAACAUCUCCAAAUACGGGCUGAUUUCGAAAAUCGUUUUUGUGCGCUGAAAGGGUUUCUGAUGUCCAAACUGGAGGUCCCGCAGCAGAUCCUAAAUUCAACAAUGGCGAACUUUAGCCACCAGCCAACAUCCGUUAGCUUUCAUCAUCGUCUGCCGAAAAUUGAUCUGCCGAAGUUUAAUGGGGAUGAGUCGCGUUGGAUUUCUUUUCGAGACAAUUUUCUAUCCAUGAUCCAUUUCAACAAUGAUAUCCCAUUGGUGAAUAAAUUGCAAUAUUUGAUUCAAGCUUUAGAAGGGGAUGCCAAGAAACCAUUCGAAUCCGUUGACAUUCAAGCGGAUAAUUAUGCGUCGACUUGGGACGCUCUGUUGAAGCGAUUUGAUAACAAACGGUUCUUGAAAAAGGAAUUAUUCAGAGGUUUAUACGAGUUGCCAUCGAUAAGGCGCGAAUCUGCUCAGGAUUUAAACACGCUUGUUGACGAUUACCAACGCCACGUGAAAGCUUUGGGAAAGCUAGGAGAACCUGUUGCGUCGUGGAAUACACCGUUAGUAUACAUUCUUACGAGUAAACUUGAUCCCGCCACUGUUCGCGCUUGGGAGCAGGAAACCCGCCAGAAGGAUGAUGUCACUUACGAAGAGCUUGUUGACUUUCUCGUGCAGCAUGUACGAAUGCUUAAAUCUGUGUCGAGUGAUUUGCAGCACCGUUCACAACCAGCUACUGUCAAGGUGGCCGGAUUUGUUCCGAAGAAACCCUAUCAUGGUAAAUUCGUAGCCAACGCUGCUACAUCCGACACCAAAGUUAACAACCCUCAAUGCCCGGCUUGCCCCGAAAGACAUCUUCUGUAUCAAUGCCCAAGGUUCACCAAGCUCUCUGUUUCUGAACGUCGAGAAUUAGUUAGUCAGCGAAGCCUGUGUUGGAAUUGCUUUCGUACGAACCAUCAAGCGCGAGCUUGUAAAUCCAAGUUUUCAUGCAGAACCUGCCAUGCAAAACAUCACUCGCUGUUGCACGACCAAGUUGCACCCUCUAAAAUAUCGACGACACCUGCUGUUACAACCGAACACAAUGCAAAGCAACCUACCGCGACCACGUCAGCGAACGUAAGAAGUUCUGAAUCUGCAAAUCCACCCGAAAUUAGUCUCUCCAUCCAAUCAAACCACAGCACGGUGUUACUAGAGACGGUUGCUAUUCACGUAGUUGAUAAAUAUGGAAAGUUAACACCAGUCAGAGCUCUCCUCGAUUCCGGAUCGAUGUCUAAUUUUAUCACCAAGAAGUUAGCCAACGCCCUCGCCAUCCGCCCCCGCACAGUAGACGUCGCUGUAGCCGGAAUAGGUGAUUCGGUUAAGCAAAUAAAACGCCAAAUAUCAGCUACAAUCAAAUCAAGAACGAACAAAUUUUCCACUACCCUCGAGUUCCUCGUAAUGAAGAAACCUACUGCCAAUUUGCCAACGAUACCGCUUAGCACAACCUCAUGGAAAAUUCCGAAGAUCCAACUCGCGGAUCCAUAUUUUAACGAACCGGGACUAAUCGACAUCAUCAUCGGUGGUGAAUGCUAUCACGAAAUUCACACUGGGAAGCGCAUACCAAUCGGCAGUGGUCUGCCGCUGCUUAUUGAAACAGUCUUUGGGUGGACAGUUUCUGGAAAGGUACCCAUCAAAUCAACCUAUGCUCCACCCACCUGCUACAUUUCGAAUGUCGAUAGAUCGUUGGAUACCGCUCUCCAACGAUUCUGGGAGCUAGAAUCGGUACAUCAAGGUCCGUUAUAUUCCGCUGAAGAAAGAAGAUGUGAAGAAAUUUAUGCUAGCACCACCACUCGAACUCAAUCCGGGAAGUUCGUCGUUCGCCUCCCUCGGUCUGAAGAUCCGCAAGUCACCCUUGGCGAUUCGCGCGCGAUUGCCAUUCGCCGAUUUUAUAGCCUCGAAAGACGCCUCGAAAGAGAUGCCACAGUCAGAACCGCCUACCUCAAGUUUAUGGAGGAAUAUGCCAGCCUCCACCAUAUGCGAAAAAUCGAUCCAGUACCCGACAAUAAGCCUCACUGUUAUUUGCCACAUCAUCCAGUGUUCAAAGAGUCGAGCACUACCACAAAGGUACGCGUGGUGUUCGACGCCUCCUGCAAGACAAGUUCUGGAUUUUCGCUGAAUAAUACACUACUAGUUGGACCAGUAGUUCAACAAGACCUACUCUCGAUUGUGAUACGAUUCCGUUUCCACGCUGUAGCCCUUGUCGCUGACAUCGAAAAGAUGUAUCGACAAAUUGAAGUACACCCAGACGAUCAACCACCACAGCGUAUUCUCUGGCGUGCCAGCCCAUCCGAUCCACUCGAUACCUAUGAACUUUGCACAGUUACGUACGGAACUGCGUCCGCUCCGUUCCUAGCAACUCGCACCCUUCAAUAUUUAGCACAAGUAGAGGGGCACGCCUACCCAGCGGCAGCUGAUGCCGUUAAUAACGAUUUUUACGUUGACGAUCUGUUGACCGGUGCUGAUGAUCCACAAGCUGCUAUAGCUAUCCGUCAGCAAGUAGCAGCAAUGCUUAAGACUGCAGGGUUUGUGAUUAAGAAGUGGGCAUCAAACGUUUCGGAAGUAUUAACUGAUGUACCUGUGACAGAUUUAGCCAUUCAACCCCUACACGAUUUGCAAGAUGACCAAUCUAUUUCAACACUAGGUUUGGUUUGGGAUAUAAAAUGUGAUAUGUUUCGCUUCAACGUCCAGUUACCUCUCCCAGCUGCCGUUCUCACGAAGAGGAAGGUGAUAUCGUAUAUAGCCAAAAUAUUUGACCCAUUAGGCCUUGUGGGUCCCAUCAUAGCUGCCGCCAAGAUGUUCAUGCAGCGGUUGUGGAGAUUGAAAACAGAAGAUAAAAAACCAUACGACUGGGACAGACCACUCCCACCAAAGUCACAGGAUACUUGGAGGCAAUUUCAUGCAACGCUUCACGUUCUGGAUCAAUUGAGGAUUCUCCGCUUUGUUGCUGUGCCAAUGGCAUCGAAUAUUGAACUUCACAUUUUCUGCGACGCGUCAGAGUCCGCUUAUGGAGCAUGUUGUUUUGUGCGUUCAGAGAACUCCGAAGGUGUUAACGUACAGCUGCUAACCUCAAAGUCUAAAGUGGCGCCCAUCUCUACUAAACACACUAUAGCGAGACUUGAAUUGUGUGCUGCAGAACUUGCAGCGAAGGUAUACCAGAAGGUUACGCAAGCCAUAAAGAUUUCUACUAACACCACGUUCUGGUCAGAUUCAACCACAGUGCUUCAGUGGUUGAGAUCGCCACCAAACCGAUGGAGAACCUUUGUGGCGAAUCGUGUAUCAUUCAUCCAAACGUCUACUGAGGGCACCAAUUGGAGACAUGUGCCAGGUGUAGAAAAUCCUGCCGAUGAACUCUCACGUGGUUUGCAACCCACAGAAAUACUAACACAAACCAGAUGGUGGAAUGGUCCAGUCUGGUUAGCUCUCCCGCCAAGCAGUUGGCCGCAUUCAGUGGUCCCAAAUCAAGAAACUAUUUAUGUCGAAGAAGAAACCCGUACGGUAGCACUGAUAUCAACCACCCUGGUUGAAUCACAAUUUGCUGAUCACCUGUUUGCCAGAUAUUCGUCCUAUACAAAACUUCGACACGUCAUGGGCUACUGUCUCAAGUUUAUUCGUCUAGCUCAAAAGAAAACUCCAAAAGUAUCCCCCAAUGCAUCUCUGAUGCUAUCCACAAUAGAUCUUAAAGCAGCAGAUCACGCGCUUGCACGUUUAGCUCAAGCCCAGCUCUACCCAGAUGAGCUUGCUCUGUUGAACUGUUCAACGAGAUGUGAGAAAGACCUCAAGUCAUCGCCACUCAAAUGGUUAAAACCGUUCAUGUGUGUAAACGGUCUGAUUCGAGUUGGAGGUCGCCUGUCUAACUCUGAUCUUCCCGAAGGCACGAAGCAUCCAAUUGUCGUCUCCGCAAAUCAUCCGUUGGCAGAAAUAAUCCAAGCCACAGCAGACUUACCGAAAUCCCGAGUGUCACCAUCCCGACCGUUCUCAGUUAGUGGCGUCGAUUAUUGCGGUCCCGUAUAUUUGAAAUCCGCAGUCCGUAGACACGGACCAGUCAAGGCAUACAUUGCUAUCUUUGUCUGCUUCGCAACGAAGGCCGUUCAUAUCGAACUGGUCUCUGACCUGUCAACACCAGCUUUCCUAUCAGCCCUCCGGCGGUUCAUAGCCCGUCGUGGUCGUAUCCUUGAACUACAUUCCGACAAUGGAACCGCAUUUAAAGGGGCAGCCAACCACCUACGUCACGUUUUUGAAAUGCUAAAAUCGAAUGGAACCGAACGAGAUCGAAUUGUCGCCUGGUGUGUCGACAACGAGAUUGAGUGGAAAUUCUCGCCACCUCGAGCCCCCCAUUUCGGAGGGUUGUGGGAGGCCGCAGUAAAAUCUGCCAAGUACCACCUGCUGCGAGAAAUAGGCCACACAAGUAUCAGCCAGGAGGACAUGAUUACUCUGCUAGCACAGAUUGAAAUGUGCUUAAACUCGAGACCUUUAACACCGAUUCCUGGUGAACCCACUGACCUCGAAGUGUUAACACCAGGGCAUUUCCUGGUCGGCUCAAACAUGCAAGCAGUUCCCGAGCCAAGUCUCAUUCACACUUCGGAGUCCCAUUUAAAUCAUUGGCAACGAACGCAGAAAAUCUUCCAGCGCAUUUGGGCACGCUGGUAUCCGGAAUACCUAGCCCAACUACAAUCCCGUGCGACAGAAGGUUGCAAGCGUCCUGUUCCAAUUGAAAGGGGACGCAUAGUCGUUAUCAAAGAUGAUAAUUUACCACCUGCGACAUGGCCCUUAGGCAAAAUCGUCAAACUCCACCCAGGGAAAGACGGCGUGACUCGCGUCGUUACCAUCAAGACAGCGGUAGCAGAAAAUGUCAUGCUGAAGCCAUCGAUGAAUGCUGAAACUACAAAGAUCGGUAGAGUAUUUCGAAACUAUCUCAAUGCGUAUCUGGAAAGCAAUCAGGUGAUUAGCGUUCCAUUUAAUUUAAAAAACCCGUUCGUUCUACCGGGUCUUUUGUUGUUUACAGAUGAAAACGAAGUGAAGAAGGCUACCCAACCGAAGAUCAACCCUUUCCUGAAUGGAGGCAAACAAACGAUGUUCCAAGGAGGCGAAUGA